AUGGCCGAUGACAGUAUAAAAAAGUUGGGAGAGGCAAAAAUGGAUGGUGGAAUGGGAAACACUCAGGCUGAGAAAGCAAAAGAGGCUGCUGAGCGUGAAGAAAACAUGAAAAACGCCAUCCUUUCUCAGGUUCUUGAUCAAGAUGCGAUGGCUCGGUUAAGCAAUUUAUCCGCAGCAAAACCUGAGAAAGCUAGGAUGGUGGAAAAUAUGAUCGUACAGAUGGCAAGAAGAGGACAGAUAGCGGGUAAAAUGGACGAUGAAUCAUUGAGGCGGUUGCUGACUCGUUUUUCAGAAAAUACUCGACAAAUAACAACUGUCAAGUUUGAUAGAAGACGAGCAGCGAUCGACUCCGACUCCGAUUAA